CUUAGCCACCUAAAAAUUAUCAAAAUAAUGUUAAACUGUUACGCUGGAAAAUAGAGAUGACAAGCUACUUGAAAAAUAGUAUAUUUGUUUAACUGAACAACGAGAGUAAGUCUGCAGUGAAAGCAAGCUACAUUUCGUCAAACUUAUUUGCAAGCCAUAGCAAAUCAUUUCUAGUGAUUUUAUGAAGGAGUGUGUCAUUAAAGCCGAAGUAAUUUGUUCAGAAAAGGUGAAAGCAUUCACAGAAAUUCGUUUACUAGGAACACUGUAGCAGAUAGAAUAAAUGACAUGUCAGUCAGAUUGCAUGAACAAUUAAAGAUUUUGAAUUAUUUUCAUUGGCUCUCCAUGAGUCAACUGACGUUGGCUAUAUUCAUAAGGGCCUGUGACAGGAAUUGUGAGAUACAUGAGGAACUACUUGAGCUCUUUUCUAUGCAUAACACCACAAGAAGUGAGGAUGUUUUUGAGAAAUUAGAGGAGGUGAUAUUGCAGUACAAUUUAUCUUAGCUAGUCUAACAACGGAUAGCGCACCAACCAUAAAAUGAAAUGGUUUUGAUGCAAAGCUAAUUGAAAAAAUAAGAGAGACUGUUGCUCAUUUUAAAUUUCUUCAUUUUCAAUGCAUCAUUCACCAAGAAACAUUCUGCGCAAAGCAAUUACAGUUCCAACAUGUCAUUAGACCGGUUUCAGUCGCUCUCAAUUUUAUUCGCGCCCGUAGUUUAAAUCAUCGCCAAUUCUCUAUGUUUCUGGAUGACAUUAGACACGAAUUUGAUUGUGUUCCCUACUACACAGAAGUCCGCUGGCUCUCAUGUCAUAAAGUAUUGAAGAGAUUUUUUGCACUGCGUGAGGAAAUAGUAUUGUUUCUGAACAUGAAAGGUGAACCUAUUGAACAUUUUCAAACUGACGAAUGGGUUCAGGAUUUGGUAUUUGCAGGUGAUCUCACUGGUCACCUGCUAGACUUGAAUUUGGAACUUCAAGGUAAAGACAAAAAUUGUCACAACUGCAUGUAAUCAUGUGAAGUGCUUACAAGCAAAAUUACGACUGUGGAUAAACCAAAUAUGAAGAGAAAAUCUUGUUCACUUCUCAACGUGUCAGGAACUAAAAAAAUUAAAUACGGCUACAACAUUUGCUCAAUAUGUCUUACUCCUGUAAUUGUUAGUAGAUUAUGCUUUCAAUGACCGUUUUCGUACUUUGUUUCAUACGAGCAAGAAUAUCAUUUGCUUGUUUCUCCAUUCUCAUUUGAUUCUGAAAUUGCUACUGGUAAUGUGCAACUAGAGCUGAUAGAAUAGCAGUCAGAUUCUUUGAUAUCAUCGAAGUAUAUAGAAGUUGCUGUGCCAAAAUUUUACAGUUAUUUACCCUGAAAAGUACGUUGAAUUGCGCAAAUUUGCAGCCAGAAUACUUGUUGUUUGAAGCACUUAUCUCUGUGAGUAGUUCUUUUCCAUAAUGAAAGCUACAUAAGCACCUCACCAUUCGAGAUUAUCUCAUCGAAAUUUGUCAUCAGUGAUAAAUGUGUCAGUGGAAAACAAACUUCAGCAGGACUUAAUAAACUUGUAUCCCAAGCAUCAGAACAAAGAAAAUAAUGCGUAAUCAUAUUAAUUUUUAGUCACAAAGUAGUACUACAAAUUUAGCUAAGGGACAGUUUUGAUUGUGACUCAUGUGCAAAGAGAAAAUGGAUAAAAUGUCAACAGUUACCAUUUAGUAAGAUUUUGGAGCUGUUGUUAACUUUGUAAUAUGGCGGAAACAACAAACGGCUGUGUUGAGAAGGUAACUCAGGACACGAAUAUUCAACAGAAUGGAUUAUCUAAACCAAAGCAGAAGAGUGUUUUGGAAAAUUUAAAGGAUUCUCACUAUAGAAACAAAGUGCUUCAUUCUGUCUGGAUAGCUAUAUCAUUGUUUUCUUUGGGAAUAUGUGUUGGACAAAUGGGACCAAGUUUUCUGGAUCUCCAAAUUGUGACUAAUACUGAUGUUGAAAAAGCAUCUGCGUUUUUCACAGGUAGCUCAAUUGGUUAUUUGACUGGUUCGAUCUUAAGUGGAGCUUUAUACACUAGAGUCAACAGGCCAUUAUUACAGUUUUUUACUCUGGUCAUUCUUGGCAUUACCACAACACUAACUCCAUAUUGUAGUCUGUAUCCUCUCAUGAUUUUUAUUCGUUCCAUUGUUGGAACAUGUGCUGGGUGUGUUGAUACAACUGGAAAUGCUGAACAUAUGCGAAUCUGGGGCAACGAUGGACAAGUUUUAAUGCAACUCUUACAUUUUUCUUUUGCCUUGGGAGGAGUAAUAUCUCCAUUGUACUCUGAGCCAUUUCUCGCUGAAAAGAUUGAGGAAAGUGAAAUCUUGGAAAAUAUAACAAGCUGGAGAAAUACAUCAGUAUUCACAAAUGACAGUAACUUGACCUCAGUCAACUCUACAGUAGAUAUAGGUUUAAAUGAGAAACUUCCCCAGACUACAAAUGUACAUUGGGCCUUUUUAAUUUCAGGAGUCUGGACAUUUUUUUCAGCCAUUCCAUUCCUUGUUCUAUUCUUUCAAGAUCUAAAAAAGAAAAAGAAAAGCAAGACUAGUAGCAAAUCUGAACAAGUCACACAGCGAAAGCUGUCCAAAAUAACUUUAUUGUUUACAAUUUUUGUUCUCUGUUCCUUCUACAUGUUAUAUUGUUGUGUCGAGGAUACAUUUGCAUCAUUUCUCAUGACAUUUUUAGUUAAAGAAUAUAGCUAUGUGAGUAAAUCAAAGGGGGCAUUUAUAACAGCUAUCUACUGGGCAUCAUUUGCUGCUGCUAGAUUUUCAAUGAUAUUUAUAUCCAAAUUUUUGAAAGCCUUUCAUUUGUUGUGUCUAUGUUGCUUACUCAUGCUCAUAGCUUAUUCUAGUUUUUUUGUUAGUGCUUCCUUUGCAGUGGUCAACCCCUCUGCUCUGAAUGCAUUAAUUUUUUUUGUUGUGCUGGCAGGUAUAAGCAUGUCAGCUGUCUUCCCUGCUGGUUUUUCAUGGACAGAGGCUGAGUUACUCAGAGUUACUGGUCCUAUUUCUUCUUGUAUUCUUGUAUCAGCUUCUGUGGGAACUAUGAUCAAUCCUUUGAUGUUAGGCAUUCUAAUGACUGAACUAAGCAACAUGUGGUUCUGUUACCUUCUUUUGGGUCAGACAGUGUUGCUUUGUUGUAUUUUUGUUUUCCUCUGGAGCUUUAAUCGGUUCUUUUUAAACCGGCAUUAUGGUCCACUGGCAGAUGAGAGAGAUACAUCGUUAAAUAUAGAAGUAUCAGAGCAAAUUCAUCCAUUAAACACAAUAGAAAGCAAUGAUGAUAAUCCAAGAAUCUGAAUCUAUAUUUUUAACAAGAGUUUUUGACAUUUUGAUUCAAACAAAAAAAAAUUUUAAAUGCUUGUGCCAUCAAAAUUUGUAUUAUAUAAACUCAUUAUUGUUAUAUAUAACACUUUUAAUAAAAAUGAAUUGUAAUGUUAUGGUUCUUGUUAUACAAUGUAUUUUUAAAAUUCAGUUCUUGCUUAAAAUACUGUGAUUUACUUCAAGAAAUGUGUUAUCCUAAGUAAAAAUUAUGUGAAUGAAUCAUAUGCAGUAGAAGUGGUAGGCUUGAGUGUUUCAGGAUGUCUUACAAUUUUUUAUUAUUUCUUAUUAAUAAAGCAACUGUUCUGGCUAAAUAUUUCUAAUUACCGGAUAAUAUUUAUUUUUGGAUUUUAAAAAUCUAAACCAUUAAGAGUAAUUUUUACAGAACAUGUUAACUCUAAAAAUAAAAAGCUCUUUAUCUUAAAACAAACAUUUUUUUAGACAGGAACCAAUUGCAAACUAUCAGACAUUCCUCCAAGGUACUGUCAAGAAAAAAAAAUGAAUAAAAAAAUGAUCCUUUAGUUAAGUUUUUAUUGUACAAUCAAAUUGUAUUUUGUAAUUGUUUUUAUUUUAUCAUGUUAGCUGGUAUGUACUAAUCAUUUUAGUUUGUAUCUUUGGAAGAUUUGUUUCCACCAACUGCCUAAAAGUGAGUUCUGAAUUAUUUGCCUACAAAAUUGAUAUGGUAUGUUAGAAACUAAUGGUUUUUUAAAAUUUAUUUUGGAAGUGAAAAAAAAAACAAAAGGCUUAACUUAUUUGUCUUUAAUUUAGGGUAGCACCAAUACAAUAAAUAAAAUCUGUGUAUCUAUAUCAUUUUGAAGUUAUGAUUCUCUUUCAAGUUCUGGUCCUCUUGUCCAUAUGUGCUCAUCUUGCGGCCAGGUAAAGACUAUAUCUUGGACAAACCUGUCUCAUGAUUUUUUUUCUCCUGUCAGAAAGUAAAUGGCAUCAGUUUGUCAUUAAUUAGACCAGCUUGUCUAGAUGCUAAUUCAUUGCAGCUUUUCUUUUUUUUUUUUCAUCAUCCACACUAUGGAGCUUUUCUGUGAAUGUUUUUUUUUUAAUUUGGGGGUCUUUGCAUUUUUUUUACUAAGUGCAACAUUUGUAGUAACAUCUCAACAUAUUUUCUUAAACUUGUCUGCUCUUAUUGUCAGAGCCACACUUGCUAAGUGUAUUCGUACCUUCUUUGCAUCUUUAUAUAGUCAACAUUAACUAUUCACUUUGUAAGUUGAAAUAUAUACCGUUAUCCAUGCCUACUGCCUCUCAAUUUUACCAAAGGUCCUAGCGUUGAUGCACUUAUUCUGUUAAUCAUUGAGACUUUGUCGUGACACUAUGUAUUGAGAAUGUCAAGAAAAAAAGUCUCACCUUCAAGUCAUUAGUAAUUCAAAUUGUUUAAAAAUUUUGUAGUGCCAGUAUUGCAAAGCUAUACUUAUGUUUUUAGAAGGCCAGAAACCUUGUCCAAAUAUUUAUUGGUUCUCAUUGUACCAUAUUGCAAAGCUGUACUUAUGUUUUUAAAGGCCAGAAACCUUGUCAUGUUUUUAAAGGCCAGAAACCUUGUCCAAGUAUUUAUUGCUUCUGUUGACAAAAACCUGAUUAGAAUGUUAAAUAUUGAAAAUCUAAUGUAAAGACUACUAAGUAUGUCUUCAGUAAUGUACUAUGCUAACUAUUUAGCAUUUAUAUAAAUGUUUUUUCUUUUUAGUGUGAAUAUUAGAGAAUUUUAUGUUCAGAUAAGUUUUAUAUUGCUUUACUAUAUUCAUAGAAAAAACAACUGUUGAAUGAGAAAUUUUAAAAAAUAAUAAUAAACAAGAUGUUGCAAGAUG